GAGCGCUCAAAAUAAGAUAUAUUACCAGGUUUAGGGUGAAACCUGCAAGGGAACAAUUAUCGGAUGGAAGAGAAAUCAAAUGAUAAUCAUAGGGAUUAUGCACUCAAGUGUGUGUUUUCCAUACAAAAGCUAAAACUAAAAGGUCGACUCUAGCUUAGACAAGAUCAAUCGGAACUUGUCGCUUUAGUAUUUGCUUUCGAAGGACUCUUCAGUAGUAGGCCUUCUGCAACCUAGUUUUUCCUCAAGACCACGAGCACGUCUCUCUAUCUCUGAAUUCACAAGCAGAUCAAGCACACAACGUGUUAACAUAUACAAAAUUAUAAACUAGGGGGCUCUUGUAGCCGGAGCAUUUACUGUUGUUUACUAACUAGUGUAGGUUCUCUCAGCGAGGUGCGGAGGAAAACAACUCAUCAAUGACUGGUUACUUCACCAUCUUCGGCUAGCUUAAGCGGCAUCUAAUCUUGGUGAAGGUUUUCAAAGUCCAACCCUUGGUUUUUUCUGCCGGCCAAACAUCUUCUCACGGAAUCCCGAACUUGGAUUACUCAAAGCCUUGCAAUAGAAAAUGUAGAAGCAUAUUCAGUUAAUAACAAAGGGCUGAUUAGAACUCCUUAAUCACCAACCAAACUUGAUGCAGGUUAGCAUCAUUCCUAAUAUUAGACGCUGUCAUAAGGUAAACUGUUAUUCAAUGCAACUGUACGCAUUGUCAACAGAUCCCGCAUGUUUAGUCUGAUUAAGAGACUGAAGGUGAGGUAACGAGUAGCAGGUUGGUUAUGAAGAUGAAGUAAUACAACACUUAGCUGCAUCCAUGUUUCAUCUUCUUGAGGAAUGUUAUCGGUCUGGCUACCAGUCACGGUGCUUCAAAGCGUUUUCAGGUUGAUGGUAGGACCCUUGGUCGGUGCGGACAGAGUACUGCUAUCGUGUAAUUGGAAUUUUGAGUUCAAGGGGACCGAAUCCAAUGUACAAACCACAAGCCGCUUGGGUAGAAUCAGCGAAUGAGCUUGAAGCAAUGCCAUGUGGCUUUGAAUGAUUGUGAACUUGAAUGGAUUGAUUUGUGAAGCUGGAAGCACUAUGAAUGUCCCAGGCAGUCCCAAAUAUUAGCACAAAUCCUGAUGAGUCUGUGGCUUAAUUUCAAGGCAUCGUGAUAAUGUAAGCCUGUUGAGAACUGUCCAGUAUCGACCGACAAACUCCUAAUAGCUUGUAGCUCAAUGACGAUUGUUGGCUUGACAAAAUAUUUGCGUGAAUGCCCGUACCCUCAUUCCCGCAUCCAAAGCCUACCUGACGCCAUCGAGAUCCGAGAGCAUAAUUCAGUGCAAUCUGGGUGAGAAAGCCGAGUUUUGUCGCGGUAGUCCGCAGGUCUCCCAUGGUCACCCCAGCCAGCUAAUUGGCUAUGAUACUACUGCUUAGGGCCGCACCAGUCUCUGUGAACGUAGACGUCUAGGGAAUCUCCAAGAACACCCGAACAAAUGCAGUAACCAUGUCCAACCUCCAAUUCCGCAAAGCAGCCGUAACUCGAAGUCGAUACACUUCGCAAAACGAACACUGAGGAGUAUUAGCCCAAGCAGUAGUUAAAUCAUGGUUACGGUGUGCCGACGAACUGCUUGCAACGAAUCUGACACGUGGUUACAUCCACCGCAGCCUACACUAAUCCACGCAUAUUGGGUUACUCCUAAUCUGCGUACUCCUGACAUUGACGCGGGGACACGAAUUGAGCCGAUCGAAUUCAAUACUCUCCUGGCACCUGCGAGACCGAAGAAUUGGACGAACACUUCGGCAAUGGAGUAUCAAAGACCUACUUGAACAGAUUCCUUUUGGUUUCGGCGGAAGAGAGGCCCUUUCCUGUCUACUCUCAUCUUUUAUCUUUCAGGGCUCAGAUAAUCAGGAGCACUGAAAUAGACGGAUUAGGAAUUGUCUCUGAUGACCCAUCUUUUGAAAUCAGGGGCUGAACUAUUUUGGGCUGUCAUCUUUUACCUUGGAUGGCCGUGAAGUAACGACUGUGUUGGACACGGACACAAAUGGGCCAUUCCUUCGACUUUUGGGUUUCCUGUGCUUCACAAUUUCUUGGAUCCUCAUUCCAUUGGAUUGUUUCAGGGUUUUGCGACUUUGUCUUGUGAUAAUCUUCUCCAUUCUCAACUUUCGAGUCUGUGAUCUGGACAAAGGUUCUCAGAGGCAGGCACCUAUGGCGGAAAGCAGGGAGAAGAAAGUAAUCUUGCUGGUUGGGGGAUCGGGGUAUCUGGGGCUACAUCUUUUGGAAGAUUUAGCAUCUCCUACCUGCGACUGUACAUUGGCAUACACCUACAACUCUCACCCAGCCCCUGCUGAACUUGUGGAUAAGCUUCCUAAUGUUCUGGCCUUUCAUCUGGACCUUCGCAGCGGCGAAGGAUUACAGGAGAUUUCCAAGUCUUUGGGAACUCCGGAUGUAUUGAUAAAUUGUGCGGCCAUCUCAGUUCCUCGUGCUUGUGAGCAAGAGCCGGAAGCAGCGAAGGCCAUCAACGUCCCCACCGUUUUAGUUCAAUGGCUUAAUGACUUGGGUGCUGCACAGCCACCCUUUUUAAUCCACCUUUCAACUGAUCAAGUGUACAAAGGAGAUAAGUCGUUUUACGAGGAGAAGGACGAAACCAAGCCUGUUAACACUUAUGGAGAGACGAAAGUGAUGGCUGAGAAAUACAUCCAGUCAAAUUACGAUCAUUAUGCAAUUUUGCGAAGCAGCAUCAUAUACGGGCCUCAGCCAUUUAUUCCUCUUCCUAAGACCCUCCCUCUACAGUGGAUCGACGGUGUGCUUUCUAGCGGAUCAGGAGCUGACUUCUUCGAAGAUGAAUAUAGGUGCCCUGUGUAUGUGAAGGAUGUGGUGCAAGCGAUCAAGCUCCUCAUGGAAAAGCACUUCUGUGGAAUGCGUCCAAUGUACCUCCUUUUGAACAUUGGAGGCCCAGAUCGCCUGUCUAGAGCUGCCAUGGCAGAGACUGUUGCACAAGUGAGAGGCUACGACACGAAACUUGUGAGGAGGGUCUCCUCACAAACAGCAGUGAACCGAGGAGUGGUGAGCCCACCAGACAUUUCCAUGGACGUGAGCAAGAUUGUUGCAGAGCUUAACAUGAAGAUGACGGACUUUGCAACAGGAGUUGCAAUGACUUUGAGUUCCAAGUAAAGAUUUGUGCAGAGCCCAUUGCGUAGUAGUGUUCUUUUUGUGAACAUUAAAUCUCAUUUUUCUCUUCAGAAACAUUGUGGUGUCCAGUGAAAGAUACAAUCACCUCAAUGAACUAUACACUGCCCUUCUGGAUUCAUGCACGCAGACACCAAGGAUGUUCAGUUCAAUAGUAAUUGAAUGUUCAAUGAUGGGGCUUUUCUAUGGUGUUCUACAACCCUUCAUAGUUGUAGUAAAGUCUCUCAUUCCACUGAAAGGACUCGGCAUUGCAAAGAGUAGACGGGAUCGGUCAUAGGUCGAGUUUUGUAAAACUGUGCAUCACCCUCAGUUGCGCGGUGCCUUGGCGAUAGGGACCCCUUCAUACCGCACGGUUUUAAGGCCCAUGUGUCUGUCUACACACGCUGUGCUCGUGUGAAAAGGUCUCUUUUCAAGUAAUGCUGAUCCACGUCCUCAAACAUUGUGGAUGAAUUGUGGGAUGUGGGUGGAUGUAUAUUGGUUUUAC